UGGAAUAUAACAAAUUAGGGAUAACAAAAGCAACAUUAGUGAUUUAGUGGCUAGGGAAAAAAUGGCAGGAUUGCAUGCAUUUUAUUGGAAUAACAAGACAAUGCGUCGUCAGCCGAAGCCCUUCGUAAUUCGUGUUCCUUAGUAUUACCUUCAGUUCAAAAUUCGCAGAAUUAAAGAAAAACAUUGUAAAAACCGCCUUCGCACAAUGCAGGCUAGAUGUUAGGGGGGAGUGGACAAACACGCCAUGCUAUUUCUAUAACUAUUUAUUUAUUGACAACUCAGAGCGUGCAACACUAAUUGUCUUCUAUGCUUUGAAGUUGAUCUGUGCCCGUGUAGACGCUGUGUAGACAGAACAGAUUGGAUGGAAAAUCGUAUCUUAACACGCUGGGUCUCAAUCACGUAUAUAUACGUUGUGCGAUCCUUCGCAAUAACCCAACGACGCAUAUUUACGUUUGGGGAAAAAAGGGGAUACUUAUUGUUUUUGUAAUUUCUUGGUUAUUUUUCUCUUUUGAAAGUGUUUAUGAAAGUUUAAAGUUUCUUGUUUUCAAAGAUAGAUUUAUUUUUUUGGGAAAUAUUACGUCUAUUACUUACACAAACCAUGUCGGUUAUUUCGCUGUUUGAAGGAAGUAAUCAUAACACUUUUUGAAAUUCGUUUUUCAAUGACACAAAUGAUACAUACUUAUAAAUAUUUUGAUGAAGAAAAACACAUUGUUUCAAAACAAACUGUCACAAUUACAUGUCUGUACAUGUAUUUAUAACUGAGAAUACUAAGAGAUGCGAACUACUCCUCUUCAGAUGAUGAUGUUGCAUCGUCGAAACCGGCAACGUUAAUAUUCUGGUGAUGGAUGCGGAAACAUGGAUCAAUGCAUAGGGCUUGUUGUUGUGGGCAUCGAGACAAUAUGUAUCUUGUUUCGCGUCUUUUACCAUUCGAUGAGCAGUGCUUGCAGUUUCUGGCAGGGUGUUUCUUUUUUUCUGCUGGUUCAAUCGCAGCUAAGUAGUAAAAAGAACCUCGUGGUUGCAUGUGUUUCGAUGGCUUUGGUUGGCCAACAAUGGUUUCCUUGAACUCAUGUACCUUUUGUUUUACUGUAAAUAGCUAGCUAAAAUGCUACCAUUUUGACUACAAAUAAAAGGCUUCGCCGUUUGUUUAUUUAUUUUUUAAUAGAGAGAAAAGUUUGAACCCAGGGCUUUUUAACUUUCUUACAUCUGGAUAGAAUUAAAUUUCAUGAUUGAAACCGCUGCGCAAGGAAUCGCAUAUAUUUUUUGACUGCUGAAAAAUCUAAUUUGACCAGCUGUUUUGGAUCUUUGGCAGUCAGUAUGACCAGCAGUCGUCAAAUAUUUAUUUUAAGUGGUGUUCAUUGUCUUUUGAGACUUUCUACAAACACAGGAUCUUUUCGCUUUCUACAAUCCAGUUUUGAUAUUUUAUUAAACGAUCUAUGUCAGUUUUUUUGCUUCCUAUGACCAUGUUUUGACGGUUUUAAGCGAUUUACCAGAAUGUUUUUGCUUUCCAUGAUCAUGAUUGGUGUAUUUUUCAGGAUCUAUGAAGACAUUUUAGUGAUGUCACAAAGAAUGCAGAUAUUUAAAUAGUGAUUGUAUGGUAGUGAGACAUGGGCAGUAAAGCAGGAAGAUCUUGACCGUUUAGAAAGGAAUGAUAUGAGAAUGGUUAGGUGGAUGUGUAACGCCAGUCUGAAAGACAGAAAGAGUUCAGAUGAGCUAAGAAGCAGGCUAAGUCUCUGUAGAAUUAAAGAUGUUAUCCAGAUAAGAAGGUUGAAUUGGCUGGGGCACUUGAAAAGAAUGGAGGAGGAUAAUUGGGAAAGAAAGUGUAGACACUUGAUAGUUCCUGGGGCAAAGCCCAGAGGCAGAACGAGAAAGACUUGGCAGGAGGUUAUAAGGACAGUCUUGAUACAGAGGAAGUUGAGUUUAGAUCUAACACAGUCUAGAUCAGAUUGGAAGAGGAUCAUUAAUACACCCGCUCAACCCAUGCUAGCAUGGAAAACGGACGUUAAGCCGAGAAUGAUGAUGAUGAUUUUCCUAAUUUGCUUCUUGAAAAUUUAACUUUUUAGGAUCACUUGCGCACUGUACGCGCAGAAUUAUUGACUCUAAAAUCUUAACGAAAUGGCCUAGUUGAAGUAUUAUAUGAAUUAAAAAUAUUAUUUUUUUAAACAAUCAUGGAUUUAAAAACAUUAAGAUUAACAAUGGAUAUUAUCCCUUACAUAAUGGAUCAAUGUUAGACCAAUGCAAUAAAUGAUUAAAUCGCAAAGUGUGCGUAAAUUCAUACAAAGCUUUGUGUUUUUAGCAUUUGACUUUCCAUAUUUUAGACUGUUAUUUAAAGGGGAGGUAAAGCUGUCCUUACUUAAUUGUUGGUUUGCUGUUUUUCAACUUGUAGUUUUGUUGCAGGGUCGGUCUGUUGACAGAUUAUUUUUUUUUACCUUUUUGUCAGAAAAAAAAAUCAUUUUAUGUCUACUGUGGUCUUUUCGUGAGCCUUACUGUGUUAUGCUGGGUCUAUUUUUGGUACCCCUAGGAAAUGCGCAUUACAAUUGUUGCACUUCAAAAUUGCUUUUUGUUGUCGAUCUUAGUCCCUGUGUAUCCAGCACCGUUUAUACGUCAAAAAAGAUGACCGAUGAAACACGUCAGCGUAAAUACAUACUGUACUGAUACAUAGAAACAAAUAUGGUAGCUGAUUGAAGUGCACUAUUGCGGCAUACUCUGUUGUUUUGAUUAUUAAUUUACUUAGCAGUUUGUUUGCCUUCUUUUUAUUUUGCUAUACUUACACUGUAAAAAAAAAGUAAUUUGAGUCAGUAGUAUACCUGUUUUUGGGUUGGAAAUCAGGGAAAUACUGGAAAACUAAAAGAAUGAUAAAAAAUCCAGACCCAAACUUUUUGUGGUCAACGAGAAAUUGAAAAGGUCAGUGGGAAAAUAGCAAACUUAAUUUUUUUUAAGGACCACCUAAGCUCUAAUUUUUUAUUUAAAAAAACAGUAGCCAAAUGUAUAUUUACAUUUUUGUUGGACUUUAUUUUUAACAGGAUUUGGUUUAACAAUUUCAAUUUAUUGAAUAUCUUCAUGGAUGUUAAAAAUAUAAAAUGGAUAUCUUUUCAGUCAUGAUUAUAAAUAUGAAAGACUUUACAUUUGGCAAAAUUAUUUCUAACUUUAAAGUAGUCUUCAGGAAUUUUAUUAUUAUCUUUUUUAGCACAAACUUUCAGAGAAUGAACUCAUCGGUAUGCGGUGAUUACCACAUUUACACCCACUACUGUUGUCAAUUCGAUUGCCUUUUUUCAACAACUUUGUUUUCGUGGUUGCAACUAUUCUUGUUCUUCCAACAACAUUUCAGGCUCAAAACCAAAUGGCUUUAGAGCCUUAAUGUCUGGAACAGUGUUCUUUAUUUGAUGAGGAACUAUAAUGCAUUUCUGCUUUUUAUUUGUUGUUUUGUUUGUUGAAUUAUAAGCAUCAACAUAUAGAGCCUCGUGUAGCUAAGUGGAAGUUUGAAUUAAAAAAUGUCAUAUUCAAAUUAGAACCUGGUCUUUUUAUUUUGACACACUCAAAAACGAAGUUCUUACAUAGAUUUGAACAGGGAAUAUAGAUAAUUUGAAUUAAGUUCUUGUGUUUGUGUGUUAUUUUUCUGAUUUUAUAAGUUGAAAUACAAAUACAUAGUCCAGAAAAAAAAAUUACAUAUGUGUAAGGUUACUCCCCCUUUAAAUAUUUGUUUGUUUUAUAAGUAAUAUUUUUUUGCGAGUGUCACCUAAACUUUGCUAAAAACAUAGCAUGAAGUAAUCUAAACUUUGAUUAGUUUUAAAUGAAUGUAAAAGCUUAGACAAUGUUGUUAAUUAUUUUUUGAAAUCUCUAAACCUCUACUUUUAUAUGCAGUGUAACUUUUGUAAGCAAUUCUGAUGGCAACACACAUUAUACCUAGAUGAUUAUUAUGCAAUGAAAAAUGGAGAAAGCUGACGAUUUAAAUUCUAAAUAUCAAAGGCUUGGUUUAGAGUACCAAAAGGUUCGCGCUCAAGUAACAGUUCUCAAGAAGGCUGUUCUAGAUGAACAAGCUGCAAGCAAAGUUAUACAAGAAGCCUUGAAACAGAAAGAUCAAACUAUCCGAAAACAUGAACAAGAUAUUGACAGUUUACAAUUUCGAAACUCGCAGCUGUCAAAACGUGUUGAAAUAUUGCAAAGUGAAUUGGAUGAAUAUGAGAGAAAAGGUGCCAAACCUGGAAAACAAUCCAAUUCACAGACAAGUAUAAGUUUUAUCCAUGAACAAGAACUUCAAAUGAAAAUUGCUGAAAAUGAAAGUUUACAUAAACAGUUACAAGAAGCAAAUCAGCAGAAUGAGUUAGUUGUGCGCCAUCUUGAAGCUCGCCUGGAAAUUUUGGAACAUGAUAAAGAUGGUUAUGAAAAGGCGAUUGAUGAUUCCACUUCUAAAAACAAUGCAGUGAUCGACAGAAUGAAAGAAGAGCAGCAUUUGCUGGAAGCUAAGUUACAUAAACAAGAGGAAGAUCUAAAAUUUGCAAACAUAAUGGCUGAAAAAUAUUCGCAACAGUUGAAAGAAGCUCAUAAGGAACUGCGAUCUAAACUUGACAAAACAAACAAAUUAAUUCAAGAAAAGAUGCCAUUUAUUGACACAGAGAAACAAGAACUGAAUAAACUAAACAUUCCAGUGUGUGAUCGCGCUCAUCAGCACAAAGCUCAAUUGUUUUUGGAUGUUUUUACAAAUCAUUUGAUUGUGUUUAUGGCUGGUCUUUCUGAUUAUCACACUUACUUAGAACAGAGGUUGAAGGUGUAUUCUGUUGAUGUGAAACAAGAAGAGCUGAGUUCUGUCAAUGCCAAGUUCUGCACUCAUCUGUUGACGAACGCAUCCCACUCACGCAAAGUUCAACACUGUUUAAAAUUGUUACAAGAACAAUCACAAGAUGAAGUUUUUAUAUCCAUGGAAACCUUGUCAAAUUUUCAAGAUGUAUCAUCUGCAUUUCAAGCCUACGUGAAGUAUUUGGAAAAAUUGUUGCCGUAUCGAAUUAUUAGCAUUGAUGAAGAAUGUCGUUCUUCAACAUGGUCUGAAAGUUUAGAAAAAUGCAACAACAAACUUUUGUGUGAGGAGAAAAAGUUGACAUCGUUGUUUAAGAAACUGGCUUCAUAUGUUUCCCUGCUUGCAUCAACAGAAUUACCGACAUCAUCAGUAUCCACUUGUGUAAGCAACCUUAACACAACAUUUAAUGCAAUGAAUAGCUGUUUUAAAGCCAUAUGUAAUCAUUAUGUUAAUAAAUCGGAGGAAGAGCAUGGUUUACCCACAUAUACUGAGAGAUUAAAGAUUACAGAUGAAUGCUUAUUAUCCACUUUGAAUUCUCUUGAAACUUCAAGUGGAAAGCUGUGUAGCUUGUUCAAAGAGAAUUUGUCUUUUAUGGUUGCUUCAAGAGGGUUUAAACGCAAAGGUCUUUCCUCUGAUUUUAGCCAGAACUUACCGAUAAAUUUAAAAUCAUUCUUUAACCAAGCAUCUUCUUACAUUCAAGAUGUGCAGCAGCCGCCUCCACAAUCGGUUCCAUACGCUCUAGCAGUUCGAAAUUAUCGUUCACUGGUAACAUCCUCUAGCGAUGCAGAUAAGCGAUCACAACAACAGGUGGUGGAUUCUCAAGAAUGUAUCAUGAAACUUGAGCAGGAAAAAGAGCAUUGGAUGUUAGAGACGCAGUUACUAAAAGCGAAAUAUGAAAGAGAACAGAAGAAAACAAGUCUAUUGGGUGAAGAACUGAAGAAAUGUAAAACAGAAGCUUUGCAAAGAUCAACAACAUUAGAGGAUAACAUGUCAUUCGAGGGAUAUGCACAGCAAGAAAGAAGUCGAAGUUUACAACGAAGUGUUUCUUCUACAUCAUCAACACCUGAUACUCCUCAUCAAAUUCCGCUUGGAACACUAGAAGUCAUUAACAGAGACAAAAAUGCAUUGUUGGACAGCGAACAUGAAAACUUAGUAAAAGACCAUCUCACAAAUCGUAUCACCCAACUCACGAAACAGCUUCAAGUUACAGACAGCAAAUCGAUAAAUUUUUACCAAGAGACUCAUGCACUAUACAAACAGAUCAUCUUAGCUGAUAAAAACAAACAAAAAUUAACCAAUGAGCUUGCAGAAUCAAAUAAAAAAAUUGACAAUUUGCAGGACGAGCUGGAAACGACAAAGCGAAGUUAUGAGGAACAGUUAAGGAUGCUGAGUGAUCACUUAUGUGGUAUGAACGAAAAGUUGACCUCGCAAAAAGAUGAAAUCGACGAACUGAAAACAAGCAGUGCAACACCCCCUAAGUUAAAAUUCCAACUACCUGGACGAAAGAAAUAAUUCUCACAGCUAGCAUAAUUAUUUUUUCUUUUUCUAAGAUCAAUUUAUGUUUGGAAUUUUUUUAAUUAAGUCGACUAGGUUGAUUCUGUUGCCUGUUUUUUUUUUGUCCUGUGUUGUAAAAUCGUUCCACAUGUAGUAAAAUAUUUUUGUACUAAAAACUAGUGUCUCUAUAGCUUAUCAAGCGAACAUAGUUGUUCCUGUACAUAGCACUUAUAUCAUGACGAUCAUUAGAAGUGUUACGUAUGUUGUUUUGAAAGAUUUCGUUGUUUGUUUGUUUGUUUGUUUUGGCAUUUCUUUUUUUCUAACAAUGAUUAUUAGAUUUUUCCUGUAUUUUUUCUAUAUUUCAUAUAUUUUGAUGUUCUUGUUUUCAGUUUAAAUUUCUAAUUCUUCUCAGAAUUCUGUUUUGUAGUUUGACCGCUUUUUCUCCGCCCGUUUCAUAGAGAAAAUAAUGUUAUUGGAAAUCUUUAUCGAUGGGAAAAAUGGGAAUAAAGUUAAAAAAGAAAUAAAAACGAAAAAAAAAAUGUUUAUCAUCCGAAGAAUAUCACAAAAUUAAUCUCAUUCAAAACCACUGCUGAACAUAUUUUAAACUGUAAGACACUCUACGAUAACUGUUGUGAAAAAAACGACACGCUAUAAAAAUGAGUUUAAUAUAUCUAACAUAAUGAUAAGUGUCAUGUAACAGAAAAAAAAUUAAUCUAUAUUUUCACUGCGUAGUAUUAGUGUUAGGAGAGAAACCUGGUUUUCCUCAAGGAAAUAAUCAUUGUGGAUAAUAAGAAAAAAAAUUAUUUUAACCAAAAUUCCUGAGAAAUUAGCCGUUUAAUGUCUGCCUUUAUUUUUAUUUAAAAUUCUUGUAUUAGGUAAAGCGAGGACAAAACUUAAACACACUGUCAGUAAAAUGAUAUUUAAAUUUUUUCAUUGUCCUUAAAAAACAUUUAAACUAACAUUCUAAGCUAUUUUUGUAGCACCCUCACAGCCUUAAAUAAAUAAAAAAUAAAUAAAUAAACGGGGGAAGAAAUAUGUUUGGAAAACCAUACAAAUAACGAACAGCAAAGAAUAUAAAAUAAAUAUUUAUUUUGGUAAAAAUUUGGUAUUACUAUUAUUAAUCAAAUAUUAUAUGGCCUCUUUUAAACUGGUUUUUGGGUAAAGAUAAACUGAAAGCAAUAAAAUACAGUUACAAAAAUUCAAUAUCAUGCAUUCAAUUCCAAUUAUUGUAUAUAUAUAUUUUUUACACACAUUUAAAAGAACGCUUAAGUUAUUAUUUUAUUUUUUCCGUGUAACUCCACCCUUAUGGUGACGGUGUUAUUUUUGUAGUAAAAUCCAGGUAUUAGACGGCAGCUCGUGUGACCUCCUUCACACUUGGCUGCUGUAUAUAUUAUAUAUCCUAAGAUAAAUGAUCCUUAUAUAUCCUAAGAUCGAAUAUUGUGGUCACAAAUAACGUCUGACAUUUUUGGCUAGUUUCUAACGAACAGGAUUAAAAUCAUGCGAUUUUAAAAUGAUAGUAAUUAUCGAGACAAUACACCACCACAGGACUUUGUUAUGGGUAGCGUGUUCCUAUGUUACGUUAAUGUUAUGAUAGCUAACCUGGUAACCAAUGACGUCAUUUGGUGUAGAUAAUACUUAGUGUUACUAAUUUAAACAAGACUAUAGUGGCGUGUUUUACACCGGCUGAGUUGUUUGAAUAAUCGAGGUGUGUCGUCUUUUUACUUGAUUAUUUUACAGUAUUGUGAUUAAUUGGAGUUUACGUUUGUUCUAAGCAGUUGUAUUCUGAUUGGUUGCGUCACCGCCAUUAUGUUUCCAGGUAUACAUAUCUAGAAAUAGUUUUUUUACAUCAUAUUUUAUUGUAAGGAGUUUUUCAAGUACAUAGGUGUGUUGACAACAAUAAUGUAUUGAUUAGCUCUAGUCAGUCUAAUAUCAGUUACAUUUUUUUUUUAAAUUUAAUUUAUCGUGAAAGUUUGCACGUAAUUUUUAACUUCUUAAAAGAGAAAGGUUAGAUGUUGGAAAUGUUUUUUUUGCCAGAUGUUUUGUUCUCCGAUGUUAGUUCGGUCCUCGGUGUUGUUGUCGUGUUGUCAAGAACACCAUGAUUUAUGAUAAAACAACUUCUACUGAUUCUGUAUCCAAUGAUAAUGUUUCUGUUAUGUUGUGAUCUUUUUCUUUUAAAUAUUUAUGUUUUUACUGUCUGUUUCACUUACAGAUUAAUUUGAUUAGUAUUGCAAAGGAUCGCGGGAUGUCUGGCUGUUUGAUCACAUUAUUCUAAUUUUUUAGAUUUUUUAUGUUGCAUAACCAUAGCGAAGUGUAUUCUUAGGUAUGUGUUUAUAUUAUGUAAAAUAUAACAUUACUUAAGUGUGUUAA